AUGGACGCGUUACCUCCCGAUCCUUACGCCGCUCUCGGUGUCGCCAAAGACGCCACCGCCGCUGCGAUCAAGGCUCAGUACAGGAAGCUCGUCCUCAAACACCAUCCCGACAAGAUCCAAGACGAGGCGCUGAAGCAGAACGCCGCCGAUGAAUUCCACAAGAUACAGACCGCCUACGAGAUCGUGGGCGAUGAUGUGCGACGUCAGCGAUAUGACGCGCAGUGCAGACUCGUUGAACUCCGGAGAGAGAUGGAAAGGGAGAGCGCGGAAAGAGGGUAUGCCAGCAUGAGAAGUUCCGGCUUUCGCGAGCCUCCGGAAUCCCCGCGAAAGGGCGACUUCUACGCACGUACUGCCCAUCGGUCGGGUCGCACAUCGCCGCGUUUCGAGGAAAGACGCCCAGCGUAUACCGAGUACUUCGACUCUCCGAGACCGACCUCGCGAAAAGACGAAUCCUAUGAGCCGCCCAAGCGUUCCUCCCGGCGCGAAGAUCCCAAAAAGUCGAAGACGUCUUCACGGUCAACGAAAGAAACCGAGCGUUCGAGCAGAGCAGAAAAGACGAAGCGCUCCGACAAGGACGUGCGGAGGGAGCGCGAGCAGAAGAAGUUUGCCUUCACUACCGUGGAAGACGAGCCGAGCAGCGACUCCGACCCCUACGAGCGCACUCAGCGAAGGAUGCGCGAAGAGGACGAGCGGCAACGGGCGAGAGCGGUGGCGGAAGAGGCUCGCCGCAGAGACGAGGAGGAAGCCGCCGCUGCCGCCUUUUUUGGAAACGACCGAGCCCGCAGAAUGUGGGACCCCGAUCACAACGCCGACUACAAAGCGAAGGAGAAUCUCGCGAGAGAAUACAUGGCCGCUCGUAAGGUUCCCACGUUCGAACGACGCCCGUCAGGCCCUAUUGGGUAUUCGACGCAAGAACGAGGGGAGUUCGAGAGACGACCUUCUGCGCCCGUCAGCACUUCGUAUCAAGAGAGGGAGGCAUUCGAACGCCGGCCCUCCGCCCCGGUCGCUUCUAUGCGAGACAAGAUCGAGACCAUCAAGCGCGAGGGCAAGCCAUUGAUCGAGGUGCGAAGGGGGAGCGGCCGGCCAACGCUGGCCACACGGGAUUCCAGUCGCAAGAAGUCAUCGCGGGAGAAGGAUAUUCACAUUGUCGACGAACCGGCGCCAGAGCCACGGCGACGCGCACCAGGACUCAACAAGACGCAUUCGUCGCCGGACAACAUUCGACCGCCGUUUGAAAGACAGCGCUCGAACUCGCUGGAGCGCGAGCGCCGCGCGCCACCACCUCCGUCAAUGAAGCGUUCCGAAACCAUGCCUUACCCAUCUAGCAAGAGCGAGGUCCGGCGCAGAGAGCCCUCGGCGAGGAACUCUUACCCCACUCCGGAAGCCACUCCCGAACCAUCCCCGCUGUCACCGCUUAGGACGGCGAGCUACAACUAUACCAGCCAGGACGAAGUGGUGGCGUCUCCGGAGACGUAUCAGGCCCCAUACCAAACGAUCACUCGCGAGCCCUCCCCCAAGCAACGGAUCACGCGCAGUCCCUCGCCCAUUCGAGAACCACGCGAAAAGUCACGAGGUAGCGCUCUGAAGCACGAAGCGACCCAGCCACCAUCCAACAAGCGCAUGACAAGCCGCUCCUAUUCCUACGCGGAAACAUAUGACAACCCCGAGCCCUUCGCACGGCCGCCGCUCAGCCGAGAGAACAGCGGACGGCUCUUCGCCGAGAUCUCGACCACGCAGAACCAGAGAACGCCUUCGAGCAAGCUGUAUUCGCCGCCGGCGGAUGAGAUCCGCUAUUCGCCGAAAGCGCGACCCGAAGACGUCAGGACUGCGUCUGGUAAUUACACCAUGAAACGGUCGAACGAAAGGCCGUACUCGAGGAAUGGUCAGCCUAUCUCGGUGAGGUAG